AUGCCGCUCGCCCCCGACACCAUUGCCGGACCGCCCCGCCUCACACCGGCGCUCCACCGCCACACCAGCGCCGCCCCGUCCUCACCUCCUCCCGACUGGCGCCCAGCGCUCGGCGCCCCCACCCCGUCGCCGCUCGACGCCGCCGCCAUCGGAUCGCCCGCUACCUCGCCGGCGUCGCCUCCCCGCCGGACUGCGUCGUCCUCGUCCCCUCCUCGCGCCGCUUCUCCGAGCCACGCCGCCCGUUCCCCUGCUGCGUGGGUGAGGAACCCUCUUGAACCGCCCCCCUUUCUCCGCCCGGUCACCACGGCCGAGCCGCGCUCACCCGUCCCUGGACCACGCGUGCGCCCGCACUCAGCCACGUCGGGCCUCACUCACGCGCGCGCGUGCCCUGGCCCGCUGCUUCCCAUAUCGCCCGCCUUCUGUUGCCAUCGGUCGCCGUUGUAUCGGUCGACACCGACCACCCCCGGCUGUGCCACCACCACCAUGCGAUGCGCCGUCGCGUAG